CUUCUGCUUUGCAUUGUUUUCUCCAUUCCCAUCAUGUCAAGGAUAUUGUUUGGCUUCUUGUAUGCUCCAGCUCUCUGUCUCCUCUGGCUUACAAAGCAUGCAGUGGACUCAGUUCAGCUGUCGGCUCCAGAGGUGGUAACAGCAGCCUACGGAGGAUCUGUGACAGUCCCUUGUCAGUACGACCAUCAGUACAGAGAAAACACAAAGUACUGGUGCAAAGGAAAGAUAUAUAGCCUGUGUAGAAUAGUGGUAAAAACACCCAAGAACAGGCCGAGUAACAGAAGCUUCAUUGCAGAUGAUAAGGAGGCAGGCAUCUUCACUGUAACUAUGACUUCUCUCAGAGAAAGUGAUGAUGAUAUGUACUGGUGUGUCAUUGCCAGAAGUGGAACGAACAUCUACACCGGUGUCAGGCUCCGCGUCUCCCGCACAAGUAUACUUCAGCUGGUGAUAACAACUACCACCACCACACCAACCAGUUCAUCACUGAUGGCACAAGAGGAAAUAAUUUGGUGGACGGUUCUGCGUUGGAUCCUGUUCAUUUUAAUGUUGUGUUGUUUGGUAUUAACACAUAUUGUUGUGUGGAGGAUAAAGACUGCAAGGAAAAUAUGGCCGCACCAACAAUUUAAACGCCAAAGCUCAAACAUUUAUGACUGAUUUUGGCAAAACCGUAAUUUUGAAUCAUGGGUGAAUUAUAAACACGCUCACACUGGGGCUACAAAAUUAUUCCUGCACUGGACACUUUAUCAGUGUGUGAAUUAAACUGAAAAAUAAACCAAGUGAAAAGUGGCUUUCAGACUCCCUUUUUUCUUAGUAUUUAAAUGAUUAAAACCUCAUUAAUUUCAGUGCCAGGGCCUAAGAUAACUUUGGGUCCAACUUUUGAAUAUCUAAUCAGCUUAAAAUUAACCCCUCUGGGGAACUGAGGCUGUUGGCUUUUAUUUAAUUCAUUUGUAGAUCUUAUAUGAGCAGUCAUAGGGGACGGUCUUCCUUUUGCUAUUAACCACCUGUUUAGAGGGGUUUUGAAAGAUCAGUCAGUGUUGUAGGCUCACUCUGAAGAUCUAAAAGCUAUGCAGAAUAAAAAUCCCUCCAAAUGUAAAUCAAGGCCCAACUCUUUUAAAAGACAAAACAUGGACAAAUAACGAAGUUGAAUAGUGGUGAAGGAAUAAUCACACUGGACGCAGACGUCCUCUCAGGUUUUAAAGCUAGUAUGAAGUAUGGUAUCAUAUGAAACUAAGAGACCACUGUUCCCAACCAUGUCAAGUUAGCUUGUCAAGAAGGGGGCUAAAUAACGUUUCAAAUUUACAUCUGGCUCAAUUUUGGCAAUGGAAAAACAGAUUUUCAUUAAAUUUCUCGACUUAUCUUAAGAUAUCUGAAUGUAAACAGACCAUUUUAACAGCAGCUAUUUUGACAUAGAAUAGUGAAGACAAGUGUUACCAAUGUUACUAAUUAAGCCUUCAUUCCAUUCAGUGUAGCAGAGCCUUUCCCGCGAGCCAACAUGCAAAAAAGCAGCACCCUGACUCUUUUUGACCUGAAUGGAACAGGACCUUAAUUAGUUUAACAUUGGUGACGCUUCUAUUUCAUGUCAACGUAGCUGUUGUGAAAAAGGUCUAUUUGGUGCUAUGGGAACCUACCAGUCUCCACUUUACAGACACACCCACUUUAUGCCAGUCUCAUGCAGUCUUGGGCUUGGGAACCAGAGGAUGGCCGAUGCAAGUCCAGCAUGAACCACGAUAUGGAGUGUGGACUGGUAGCUGGAUAGGUGCCAGUUCACCUCCUGGGCACUGCCGAGGUAACCUUGAGCAAGGUAUUGUACCUCUAACUGCUCCCGUGGCGCUAAUAGAUGGGAGCCCAUCACUUCACCAUCUCUCCACAUUUGCAUGUUCAUGUGUGUGUAUGUGUAUUGUAUUGUAUUCUACAGGUUUAAUGUAUUGGCCUCUGAAGAGCAGCACAGCUAGAACAUUAAUCACUUAAUUUCUCUUGUCUAUCUAUCAAAUGUACAUCUGUCAGCCUUUUUUUGUUAACAUACAGAAUGGCCUUGUACCUGCUGCUGCGCUGUGUGAGAGCUGAUUCAGGUGAGGGUGCAAGGUGGAGGGAUUUAGGAGGUGAUGUCACCACUUCUGCUGCAGGAACCUCUCCAGGAACUGGUGUCAAGACCAGCCACCAGUACCAGAGAAAAACAUCCUUCAAAGUAAAAGCACAGAUGGGUAACAAGUAUGAAUAAAAUGCACAA